AUGCAGCAAACUCAACAGAAGUGGACCCGGCCAUUAGAUGACAAAUCAAAAAAUAUCCGCCGCUCCCGGCCGGCCGCCGGCCCUCCAUUCCACGGAUCCGCUGCCCUCCACCCACGACACACUGGAUUUGGGGCCGCCGUCUGUUCCUCCGCCGUCGAAGUCGCCAGCGCCGCUCCUCAAGUUUGGGGCCGGACCGGUGGCCGGCGGCUAGUGUUCGACCCCGCGCCCGUCGCGCCAGCCCACGGAUCAGCCACCGUCCGCCCCCAUCCUUCUCCUUCCCGGGCGUGCGGCGAUCCGUCGCUGUCGAAUCCCUCCGCGGCGCAAGGAGGUUACGGCGAGGCCACUCGCCUCGCCGGUCGGCCCGUGAGGACAUGCCACCCUUCAACCGGCCAUGGGCUCCGGUGCCUAUGGGCGAUGAUAUCUUCGCUUCCUCAGCUUCUGGAUGUAAGAUCACCCGAAGCCAACCACGCUGGGAGGCGCCGUCCCCCGUUCUUGUUCCGUCAUGCAACGAAGAUUCAAAUGCGUCCGAGGAUAUUUGUGUAUGCGGAACCAUUUUUUGGUUGCAAAGGAACAAGUUAUGUAUGAUGUGUUCAGGUUUUGCGGACAUAUGUGUGCGUGAAAUUAUCAGUUUCAUGAUUUUGGGUACA